UACCAUCAGCACCAGAAAACAUAAAUUGAAAAAACAACUGCUAUUACAAAACCAGCCUCUUUUUCAACUACUUGAUGUUCAUGAGAAGAAAAUUGAAUUCACUUUGAAUUUUGUAUUUUGUAUGAGAAAUUUUUGGAAUAGACUUAUAGCAGAAUCAAAAAAACGAAAAAUUGGGACAUUGGCACAACUUGGAACAGAUGAGAAGAAAAUUGAAUUCACUUUGAAUUUUGUAUUUUGUAUGAGAAAUUUUUGGAAUAGACUUAUAGCAGAAUCAAAAAAACGAAAAAUUGGGACAUUGGCACAACUUGGAACAGAAAAUGGAUUGGGGACCAAUAGAAGAAAAUGGAUCAAAGAACAUUAA